AUGCCUCCGAAGCCGUCCGCCAAGGGAGCUAAGAAAGCCGCCAAGACUCAGAAAGUCUCCUCCGGAACCAAGAAACGCCAUCACAAGCGCAAGGAGUCCUACUCCGUCUACAUUUACCGAGUCCUGAAGCAGGUACUUUUAACUAAUACGUUGUUGUAUGGUUUUCAUUUUAACAGAAAAAAAAUUUGUUUAGAAACGGAAAAAAAGGUUCCAUUAUUUUUUCCUUAUAUUAUGAAAAAAUUUAUAGAAAAACUGUUCAUUAAAUUAAUUUCAGGUGCACCCUGAUACCGGAGUUUCCUCGAAGGCUAUGUCAAUCAUGAAUUCGUUCGUGAACGACGUGUUCGAGCGAAUCGCCGCCGAAGCUUCACGCCUUGCUCAGUACAACAAACGGUCGACCAUCUCUUCACGUGAAAUUCAAACGGCAGUCCGUCUGAUUCUUCCUGGAGAAUUGGCGAAGCACGCCGUGUCCGAGGGCACCAAAGCCGUCACCAAGUACACUUCUAGCAAGUAA